AUGUGGGCCUGUGGGAGGACGCUCCCAGGGGGCCCCAGAGCGACUGCAACAAAAGGAGCCGGGAUACACUCGGGCGAGAGCCCCCCUCACUGCCUCCCCAGUAAUGCAAGAACUGCGCUCCCCAGCCCGGCAGAGGCAGCGGCGGCGAGCGAUCCCGCGGCGGCCCGCAAUGGACUGGCGGAGGGCACGGAGCAGGAGGAGGAGGAGGAAGACGAGCAGGUGCGGCUGCUGGCUUCAUCCCUGACCGCAGGCUGCAGUUUAAGGAGCCCCUCAGGCCGGGAGGUUGAGCCGGGGGAGGAUCGGACGAUACGUUACGUCCGAUAUGAAUCCGAGCUACAAAUGCCCGAUAUCAUGAGACUGAUCACCAAAGAUCUGUCUGAACCCUACUCCAUAUAUACCUAUAGAUAUUUUAUCCACAACUGGCCACAGCUGUGCUUCUUGGCCAUGGUAGGGGAGGAGUGUGUAGGUGCCAUCGUUUGCAAGUUGGAUAUGCACAAAAAGAUGUUCCGCAGAGGUUAUAUAGCCGUGUUAGCCGUGGAUUCCAAAUACAGGAGAAAUGGCAUUGGUACUAACUUGGUUAAGAAAGCUAUAUAUGCUAUGGUUGAAGGAGACUGUGAUGAGGUUGUUUUGGAAACAGAAAUAACGAAUAAGUCUGCUUUGAAACUUUAUGAAAAUCUUGGUUUUGUUCGAGAUAAGAGGCUGUUCAGAUACUAUUUAAAUGGAGUUGUUGCACUGCGACUUAAAUUGUGGCUGCGUUGAGAAACUGACAUCAAGGAACACCUUUCCAACCAUGCAGACUCGACCUUUGCAUGCAAUGCAAUUUGUACAGAAUUGCUUUGCAGGUGGAUUUAGUGAUUUCCAUGCAGCUCUUAUCUGUCAGUGUCUCAUUUGAGUGUCGCACAAUAUUUGUUGCACUUUGGCAUGGCGCAUUUCUUCUGAAUUAAAAGAGAUUGUUUUAAA